AUGCCGGAGUCUGGACCCUGCCUCACGACCCUGCCUCACCUGGCACCGUGGGGCGACACGCCGUGUCGACCGGAUACCGCGAGAGGCGACUACCGCUUGGGCGUCAACUUCCUCCCAGAUGAUCCUGCCAAGGUGAAGGAGCGACUACCGCCGUUCGGAAGCCAGCUCGCCACGCACACGCAGGAGAUGAAGUUGAAGGAGCUCAAGAACGGGCGCCUGGCCAUGUUGGCCUUCGGCGGUGCCAUCACUCAGGCCACCCUGACUGGGAACGGCUUCCCUUGGCUCUAUGCCGAGAAGGAGCAGAAGGCUGCCACCUUCGGAGCCUCCACGCAGCGCAGCUCCGCUCGCGCUGGCUUUGGUGGUAGCCGCGUGGCCAGGCAAGCGGAAUCCAAGGGCUACAAGAUGAGCGCCGCAGUGCCCUUUUUGCCGAUGUCCCCAGCCCUGGAGGGCCUUCCAGGCGAGGAGGAGGGCUUCGACCCUAUGGGCUUCUCGUUGGCCAUCGACAUCCGUUGGCUCCGGGAGGCGGAGCUGAAGCACGGCCGUGUGGCGAUGCUGGCGACUGUGGGCUGGAUCGCUACCGAUCUUGGCCUCCGCGUGCCGGGUGAGCCCUUCCAAGUCUCCACCAUUGAGGCCCACGAUGCCAUGGUGAAGUUCGGCUCCAUGCCUCAGAUCCUGGUGUGGCUGGGCUAUUUGGAGCUCUUUGGCUUCCUUGCCAUCAUCAACAUGCAGGAGGGUAAGACUGACCGCAAGCCGGGCGACUUCGGGCUGCGGGGCUUCUACCCUGCCGAUGCCAAGGGCCAGUACGACAUGCAGGUGAAGGAGCUGCGCAACGGCCGCUUGGCCAUGCUGGCCUUCUCAGGUGGGCGUGGAGGGACCGGCCCGACCGGCGGUCCAACCGCCCCGGGGGAUCCGGCCGGUUGGAGCGGUUGGAACCGGCAGCAUUCGCCAGAUCGAAAGCCAAGACGUUGGACGUAG